AUGGACACAAAGACAUCUGAGACACCUACACUGACUCUGAAUCAGGAGAAUGAAAAUGAACGCAUUACAUCCACUGAUGCCAAUACGCAGGAUGACCAAACCUCGCACAGCAAUAUAUCCAAUUCUUGGACCACUGGAACAUUGACUGGUACCCAAAAAUCUGAGCCAACAACUGAAACCUCAACCAACAGAGAACAGACAGCAUUUUCUGAAUCAACAAUUACAGCGAUUUCCUCUACAACAACUCCAGACUCGAGUUCAUCUAUCUUCACAAGCAGCUCAGAACCAAACCACUUCACUAUCAGAAGCACAACCAAGAUUUACUCCACCAUUCAAGCCACUACACAACUAAUGAACACUUCUGUCUCGCCAAUAAACUACCAAAGCACUGCAACUCAAACAAUGGACACCUUAACCAAUGCCACAUCACAUGGGAUCAGUUCAACAGAAAGCGCUACAACAACUAGCACGGACACGUCAAUGACACUGACAACAACAACAACUACAGGCUCUUCAUUUCCAUCCCCUGAUGCGUCCUCUGGGACAUCACACUCCGCUGCGACGACAACACAACAGCUUGAGUCAUCAGACCAUACUCAAGUCUCCAUCACAUCAAAUGAAUCGACAACAACAACAAUUGCCCCUACAUCAACUCCGGACUUGAGUUCAGACAUCUUCACAACAAGCUCAGAACCAAAUCACUUCACAACAAGAGGCGCAACCGAGUCUUACCCCGCCAUUCAAGCCACUACACAAACGAUGAACACUGCUCUCAGUGACACUUCUGACUCACCAUCAAUCUACCAAUCUACAAAUGAAUUAGAAACUACAUCUUUCAGCCACCUGCAAACACAAAUGUCUCAAACAAUUUCUGCUGCCUCUGCACUUCAGUCGACAUCGUCACAGAUCACACCAACCAAUGCAAACAUUACAUGGCCUUCAGUUACAACCUCAACUUCAUCCAGCAGAAGUGUCACAAAUCAGACAGCGUUUUCUGAAUCAACAAAAACAACUAGCAUGGACACAAAGACAUCUGAGACACCUACACUGACUCUGAAUCAAGAGAAUGAAAAUGAAAAUACAACAACGACGGGAAUAGUUUCAAGACCAGCAAUAACACCCGAUUCAAUGCCCACAUCUAUGAACACGCCCUCAAAGUCUCUGACAACUCAGGAAAAUCUGAAAAAGAACACAAACACCUCCUUAAACCCAUUUUCUCCAGCAUCUCCUGUAACAGCCAUAAGCAAUGACUCUAAACCUGUCACCACUCCAUUAGCUGAGGAACACAAAGGCACAACUGUGGGCAUAUCAAUUCAAACAGCGCUAAACAGGUCUGAUUCAGAAGGCACUACAGUCACAGACACCUGGUCAAACAGCAUAUCUUCAAUACCAGCAGGUCUAACAAACCCACAAUUAUCAAGAAACACCAGCAGAGACGGAAAAGCAGAUGAUUCUGCAAAUUCAGUGAAACGCACCAUUGUUUUUGUCUUCAACAUUCCCAAAGUACCUGUGUUUAAAACAAUCACCUUCAGUCACUCACUGGUUAAUCAAACAACUACAGUUGAACCAACAACCACAACUGUUUUAACAUCUACUGCUGAACCAACAACCACAACUGUUUUAACAUCUACUGCUGAACCAACAACCACAACUGUUUUAACAACUACUGCUGAACCAACAACCACAACUGUUUUAACAACUACAGUUGAACCAACAACCACAACUGUUUUAACAUCUACAGUUGAACCAACAACCACAACUGUUUUAACAACUACUGCUGAACCAACAACCACAACUGUUUUAACAACUACAGUUGAACCAACAACCACAACUGUUUUAACAACUACAGUUGAACCAACAACCACAACUGUUUUAACAACUACUGCUGAACCAACAACCACAACUGUUUUAACAACUACAGUUGAACCAACAACCACAACUGUUUUAACAACUACAGUUGAACCAACAAGCACAACUGUUUUAACAACUACUGCUGAACCAACAACCACAACUGUUUUAACAACUACUACUGAACCAACAACCACAACUGUUUUAACAACUACAGUUGAACAAACAACCACAACUGUUUUAACAACUACUGCUGAACCAACAACCACAACUGUUUUAACAACUACAGUUGAACCAACAACCACAACUGUUUUAACAACUACUGCUGAACCAACAACCACAACUGUUUUAACAACUACUGCUGAACCAACAACCACAACUGUUUUAACAACUACAGUUGAACCAACAACCACAACUGUUUUAACAACUACAGUUGAACCAACAACCACAACUGUUUUAACAACUACAGUUGAACCAACAACCACAACUGUUUUAACUACUGCUGAACCAACAACCACAACUGUUUUAACAACUACUGCUGAACCAACAACCACAACUGUUUUAACAUCUACGGCUGAACCAACAACCACAACUGUUUUAACAACUACUGCUGAACCAACAACCACAACUGUUUUAACAACUACUGCUGAACCAACAACCACAACUGUUUUAACAACUACUGCUGAACCAACAACUACAACUGUUUUAACAACUGCUGCUGAACCAACAACCACAACUGUUUUAACAACUACAGUUGAACCAACAACCACAACUGUUUUAACAACUACUGCUGAACCAACAACCACAACUGUUUUAACAACUACUGCUGAACCAACAACCACAACUGUUUUAACAACUACAGCUGAACCAACAACCACAACUGUUUUAACAACUACUGCUGAACCAACAACCACAACUGUUUUAACAACUACUGCUGAACCAACAACCACAACUGUUUUAACAACUACUGCUGAACCAACAACCACAACUGUUUUAACAACUACUGCUGAACCAACAACCACAACUGUUUUAACAACUACUGCUGAACCAACAACCACAACUGUUUUAACAACUACUGCUGAACCAACAACCACAACUGUUUUAACAACUACUGCUGAACCAACAACUACAACUGUUUUAACAACUACUGCUGAACCAACAACUACAACUGUUUUAACAACUACUGCUGAACCAACAACCACAACUGUUUUAACAACUACUGCUGAACCAACAACCACAACUGUUUUAACAACUACUGCUGAACCAACAACCACAACUGUUUUAACAACUACUGCUGAACCAACAACCACAACUGUUUUAACAACUACAGUUGAACCAACAACUACAACUGUUUUAACAUCUACGGCUGAACCAACAACUACAACUGUUUUAACAUCUACUGCUGAACCAACAACCACAACUGUUUUAACAACUACUGCUGAACCAACAACCACAACUGUUUUAACAACUACUGCUGAACCAACAACCACAACUGUUUUAACAACUACUGCUGAACCAACAACCACAACUGUUUUAACAACUACUGCUGAACCAACAACCACAACUGUUUUAACAACUACAGUUGAACCAACAACCACAACUGUUUUAACAACUACUGCUGAACCAACAACUACAACUGUUUUAACAACUACAGUUGAACCAACAACCACAACUGUUUUAACAACUACUGCUGAACCAACAACCACAACUGUUUUAACAACUACAGUUGAACCAACAACCACAACUGUUUUAACAUCUACGGCUGAACCAACAACUACAACUACUGUUUUAACAACUACUGCUGAACCAACAACCACAACUGUUUUAACAACUACGGUUGAACCAACAACCACAACUGUUUUAACAUCUACAGCUGAACCAACAACCACAACUGUUUUAACAUCUACUGCUGAACCAACAACCACAACUGUUUUAACAACUACUGCUGAACCAACAACCACAACUGUUUUAACAACUACUGCUGAACCAACAACCACAACUGCUUCAACAUCUACAACUGAACAAUCAACUACAUCUGAACAAAGCACCACAACACAAACAGCAACAACAUCCCAACCCACAACUACAGACACUCCUACGGAAACAACAACACAACUUACAUCUACUGCUGAACCAACAACUACAACUGUUUUAACAUCUACGGCUGAACCAACAACUACAACUGGUUUAACAACUACAACUGGACCAACAACCACAGCUGCUUCAACAUCUACAACUGAACAAUCGACUACAUCUGAACAAAGCACCUCAACAAAGACAGCAACAACAUCCCAACCCACAACUACAGACACUCCUACGGAAACAACAACACAACUUACAUCUACAGUUGAACCAACAACUACAACAGUUUUAACAUCUACAACUGAACUAACAACCACAGCUGCUUCAUCUACGACAGAUCAAUCAACUACAGCUGAACAAAGCACCACAACGCAGACAGUAACAACAUCCCUGCCUACAACAAAUACAGCACAAUCUACAACUGAGGUUACAACAAACUCACCUACAACAGCAACUGUAACCCCACAUACAACAGUUCAGCCUGUAACCACAACACAGGCUCCAACAAGCCCAAGCACAACCUAUACCGUUUUUGUCAGCUUUUCCAGCAGUGAAGACUUUGUGCCUGAUCUGUCAAAUCCAGCAUCACAAGCAUAUACAAACAGAAAAGAUAAAGUCAAAAAUACGUUGGAACCAUUAUUUAAAAACGCAUUCCCUUCCUUCAAAGCACUGGCAGUUAUUCAGUUCCGUCCAGGGUCAAUCAUCACUGAAAUGAAUGUGAUAUUUGGAUCCUUACCCAGUGAUGCAAGCAUAACAAGCACAAUUCUGGAAGCUAAUGCCACUCUCAAUAUCAUCAGUGUAAGACUAAGGGAGCCCUUCACCACAACUACCAAAGCCACAACAACCAGUAUUACUACAGUUACAACCACCCCUACAACAACUACAACCACACCUACCACAACUACAACCACACCUACAACAACAACAACAACAGCAAUAACCACAGUAACAACCACAACAACAACUACACCUACCACAACUACAACCACCACCACAACAACAGCACCAGCACGUCCUCUGCCAACUGUUGCCAUACAGAUUGUCAUAAUAGUGGUGUUUGUUCCAGAACUGUCAAACCCUCAAACUCCGGAAUUUAAAAGCCUAGCCACAAGAGUAGAGAGUAUGUUUGAUGAAGUCUACAAAAAGAGGUAUGGGCCUCGUUUCAUCAGGACCAUCGUGAUUGCUUUCAUAGCUGUUUCCAGGACCCGGGCAGUCUCAAACGUACAGGCAGAGGUUAAGUUAGUGUUUAGUGAAACAUCCACUGAACCGAUCCCCAGCAACACAGACAUUGUGGAGACUCUAAAAGAAGCAGCGGCUAAUUCAACUUCAAACUUCAACCUCACCCUUGAUGCCACCUCCAUUACUGUCAUUAAAUCAGUGCAGAUAAUUCCGCUGACAAUCCUCACCAACGGAACCUUCAUGGCUGCUCUUUCCAAUAAAAAUUCUACUGAAUUUCAGAGCAGGGCUUCGCUGAUAAAAGCAGGGCUUGAACCUUUCUUCUUUGCUGAUUACCCUACAUCAUUCAGCACCAUAUCCAUAACAAGCUUCAGUGAUGCCAGUGUGAAAUUAAGGAGUUUGCCCACGAUCCGAAACAGCAUGGAUCUUGUAUUUGGAGCAGGCACCGUUCUACCCAAUAGCACCCAGAUAGUGAACACAGUAGUUCGAGCCGCCAAAAACAACACAUUACCCUUCCAGAUCUUCACUUCUUCAAUUAUAAUAAAUGGAACAGCAUUUUCAUCAGGUGAAGUCAGCAGCAGGAUCAGUGUGUUGACCGCUUCAUUCCUGGUUGCGGUGUCGCUUCUGGUUCAACGGUUUAACUGACCGUAAUGACUCAUGCCAAGAUAACCAAUUCAGACAGGUCUGAAUCUUGCCUUCAGCUCAAGUAAAGGCAAAUGAAGCUACUGAUGCUACUUAAUGAGUAGUAAUGAAAGUAAUAUUUUAUAUAAUCAUAUUCUGAAAACUUCAAACUAGAUCUAAGCUACAGUGGAUUCCAUAUCAGUUCUGGAUCUGUAUGUACCUGAAUGUUUUCAUAGAUUUUCUUCAGAACCCAUCAUUGUAGAAUUAUGUUGUUUUUAAAAUGUUGGUUAAUGGAAUAUUUUUUACCACAACUCUUCCAUUUAGUAAGGACAUAUUUUCAAAAUACGCAAAAACAGUACAUAGGUUUUCAAAGUCUAAAUUAUGCUGAAAUGCUAUGCUAUUACUGAUUCUUCGGAAAAGGGAUAAAACAAGCAAGAGUUUAAUUUCAAUUGAAUUUCAUCUUCCUUAAAAUGAUGACCUUAAAAUAAACCAUUCUCAGAUCAUAACUCACUACUUCACUUAGAUUAAACAUAAUAUUAAAAAAAAAACAAUAUCAUGUGCUGACUGUAAUCCAUGCAUUGGAAAAUGUUAAAGGUCUUUUUUAUGCUGGCUGACUCUGGAGCAGGCUUUAAUGAGCGAAAGGAUGAAGUAUUUCAAUGCUUAUGAAAUCAGUAACACAAAGAAGAAGAAUAACAAAUAGCUACAGUAUAUGACAUCAGAAA